AUGGAUAGUAAAAGCAUUGGAAGCUCAACGAUUGGACAUCUUAAAAAAGUUGAAAUUGCUGAGGAGAAGCCUGGCGUAGCCAAUCAGUGCAGUCCUGAAACCUGCGUGCGCCUGACGUCAGAGGCAGGGUGGAGCCAAAUUGAAAUUUUGGCGCGGUUGGCUGAAAGUGCUGGGUGCCGGAACCUAGAGAGAAGCGUGGCGUGCGGGGAGGUGGUGCUCGUCGGAUGGGCCAAGAGGGGCUUCCUCGCGCCUUUUGUCGGAGAUUUUGUAGACGCUCUGAGCUGGGCUAAGGCCGAGCGGUGCGGCGCCCUUGGGGCUUCAAAAGAAGAUGAUGAUUUGUCUCUGCUGACUGCGUUACUGGAGGAGAACGAGUCCGCCUUGCAUUGUAAUUCAGAACAGGGCAACUCCUUGACGCAGGAUGCUGGUGAACCUGACCAGUUUGAUGAGCUCUUUGAUGCUGAUGGUGAUGGUGAAUCUUACUCAGAGGAGCCUGAUGACGGAGAAGUGGGAACCACUGAAGACAGGAGGGAAAACCUGGCUGCUCUCUUUGGAGAUACAGGAGACUUAUCAGAUGAAGACAUUCCUACUUCUCAGUCAGCUAAAAAUAGGACUCUGCCUGCUCCAGCCUCUGCCCCUGGUCAAGAGAAAACUAAUCAAGAAUUGCAAGAUGAAUUAAGGAAGUUGCAAGAACAAAUGAAGGUCCUACAAGAACAGCUAAAAGUAGCAACAAUCAAAGAGCCUGCAAGUCCAGUUGUUCUGCACAAAUCCUCUGGUAAAUCUCUUAAUGAGAAGAAAGUUCAAAGGAUACAGGAGUCAACUUGCUUUUCUGCAGAACUUGAUGUCCCUCCUCCACCAAAAACCAGGAGAGUGGCUCGGGCUCCCAAGAUCUCCCCUGCAGGGCCCAGAAGCUUAACUUCAGGGUUGACAAGUGUACCCUCCCAACCUCUCCAAACAAUUCCUGGGAACAAACCUAAUGGAACAUCUAGAGAUCAGAGCAUAAGCACCCCAAGAAGUUCUGGGGAACCGGCUCAGCCAGUUUCCGUGGAAGCCUUCUCCGGCUUGAGGCUCAGGCGGCCUCGAGUAUCCUCCACAGAAAUGAACAAGAAAAUGGUUGGCCGAAAACUGAUCAGAUUGUCUCAGAUCAAGCAAAAGAUGGCAAGUGAGACCCUAGAAGAAAUGGACUGGGUCACAUUCGGGGUUAUAGUGAAGAAGGUCACUCCACAGAGCUCAAACAACGGGAAGACAUUUAGCAUCUGGCGACUGAAUGAUCUUCGUGACCUGACACAGUAUGUGUCAUUAUUCUUAUUUAGAGAAGUUCACAAAGAACUUUGGAAGACCGAGCAAGGGACCGUCAUAGGAUUGCUCAAUGCUAACCCCAUGAAACCCAGGGAUGGUUCAGAAGAGGUGUGCUUAUCUAUUGAUCAUCCUCAGAAGGUCUUAAUCAUGGGUGAAGCUCUUGACCUGGGAACCUGUAAAGCAAGGAAGAAGAAUGGACAGCCAUGUACACAGAUGGUUAAUUUGAAUGACUGUGAGUACUGUCAGUAUCACGUCCAGGCGCAGUACAGGAAGCUCAGUGCAAAGCGAGCAGAUCUACAGUCCACCUUCUCCGGAGGACGAAUCCCAAAAAAGUUUGCCCGCAAAGGCACCACCCUAAAGGAACGGCUGUGUCAGGAUGGCUUUUACUACGGAGGAGUUUCUUCUGCAUCCUAUGCAGCCUCAAUUGCAGCAGCUGUCGCACCUAAGAAGAAAAUUCAAACCACUCUUACGAAUAUGGUUGUUAAAGGCACAAACCAGAUUAUUCAGGAGACGCGACAAAAACUCGGAAUACCACAAAAGAGCUUGUCUUGUUCUGAGGAGUUCAGAGAAUUGAUGGAUUUGCCUACCUCUGGAGCCAGAAACUUAAAACAACAUUUGGCUAAAGCCAGGACAACAGGGAUCAUGGGGAGCCCUAAACCUGCCAUACAGUCAAUAUCAGCAUCAGCCCUCUUGAAGCAACAAAAGCAACAUAUGUUGGAGCUAAGGAAAAAGAAAUCAGAAGAAAUACAAAAACGAUUUCUCCAGAGCUCAAGUAAAAGCGUGAGUCCAGCUCUACCAUCCUCUUCUCGACAGCCCACUACUCAGUCUCCACAGACAGGCGCCGAAUUUCCCAGGCUGGAGGGGGCUCCAGCCACACAGACACCCAAGCUUGGGCGAGGCGUCUCUGAAGGAGAUGAUAUUCUCUUCUUUGAUGAGUCACCACCACCAAGACCAAAAUUGAAUGCCUUAGCAGAAGCCAAAAAGUUAGCUGCAAUAAGCAAAUUAAAGGCAAAGGGCCAGAUUCUUACAAAGACUGAUCCAAACAGCAUGAAAAGAAAGCAAAUGGACCCCGAGGAUGUUUUGGAAGUGAAAGAACGUGUGGAAAAAAACAGCACGUUUCCCUCUGAAGAUGAAGAUGAAUUAGAGCCUGCAAGGAAAAAAUGGAGGAAGCAACUUGCCUACAUGGAAUCUGAGGAAUUUCAGAAAAUUCUAAAAGCAAAAUCUAAGCACACUGGGAUUCUCAAGGAGGCUGAGGCAGAACUGCAGGAACGCUAUUUUGAGCCACUAGUGAAAAAAGAACAAAUGGAAGAAAAGAUGAAAAACAUCAGAGAAGUAAAAUGUCGAGUGGUGACAUGCAAGACGUGUACCUACACCCACUUCAAGCUCUUGGAGACCUGCGUCAGCGAGCAACAUGACUACCACUGGCAUGAUGGUGUGAAGAGGUUCUUCAAGUGUCCCUGUGGAAACAGAAGUAUCUCCCUUGACAGGCUUCCUAAAAAGAACUGCAGUAAUUGUGGACUCUUCAAAUGGGAACGGGAUGGAAUGCUCAAGGAAAAGAAAGGUCCAAAGAUUGGAGGAGAAACCCUCUUACCAAGAGGAGAAGAACAUGCCAGAUUUCUAAAUAGCCUUAAGUAA